AUGGUGGCUGGUGAGGCUGAGGUGUCCAUGAGAGUUGUUCUCCUACUGCUCUGGCAUGGCUUGUCUCUGUUCCCUACUGACCUCUCCCAGGCUGGGUCCUCCCAACACCUCAGCAUCUUAGAAGUGGUGAUCCCCUUGAAGGUGACCAACAGGGGCAGAGGCGCAAAGACUCCAGUCUGCCUCUCCUACAGCCUGCAGUUUGGGGGCUGGAGACACAUUGUCCACAUGAAGGCCAAGAAGCUCUUGGUUUCCAGACAUCUCCCGGUGUUCACCUACAUGGACCAGCACGCUCUCCAGCAAGAUCAGCCUUUUGUUCCUGAUGACUGCUACUAUCAUGGUUAUGUGAAAGGGGUCCCUGAGUCCCUGGUUGCCCUCAGUACCUGUUGUGGGGGCUUUCGAGGAACGUUACACAUAAAUGACCUUACUUAUGAAAUCGAGCCCAUCAGGCACUCUACCACAUUUGAACACGUGGUUUAUACGGUAAACACUAAUGAGACACAAUUCCCAUCUAUGAGAUGUGGCUUAACAAAAAAGCAAAUAGCACACCAACAGUUGGAAUUUGAAAAGGCUGAGAAAUCAACUCUGAAACAAAAUUCUACUGAUAACUGGUGGACCCACUCAUGGUUUCUGGAGCUGGCUGUGGUGAUAGAUCACAAUUUCUUCAUUUACUCCCAAAGUAACUUCUCAAGAGUGCAGGAGGAUGUAUUUCUUGUCGUCAACAUAGUGGAUUCCAUUUAUCAGCAGUUGGGUACUUAUGUGAUUUUGAUUGGGACUGAGAUUUGGAAUCAUGGAAAUGUUUUCCCAAUGGUAAACAUAGAACAGGUUCUGGAGGAUUUCUCUCAGUGGAAACAAAUCAGUCUUUCCCAGCUACAGGAUGAUGCUGCACAUAUUUUCAUAAAAAAUUCACUUAUAAUUGUACUUGGUAUAGACUAUGUUGCAGGAAUAUGUCAUCUUCCUAUUGAUUGUGGC